UUUUUUUUUAAGAAAACAAAUCGGGCCUAUAAGUGCUUUGUAAGUUUUUCAUUCCAUCUUCUGCAAUAGUUUGACUAAGUAGGAGGUUAAAAAGUCAACUGAAUGCAUUUUUAAUCCAUUCUCGUGCGUGAAGGGCCUUGCUGAAAAAAAUGGAAGAUAUCUUAGUUGUGGAAGAGACAAAGUCGCCUUCAGGAGCAUCUUGGGAUCUGGAGGCGCGCCAGCCCCCGCCCUGUGAAAUCAGCAUCUCGACGCACCAACUUGACAAGUGCGCCUCCCCCCUCUCCAAACGCUGUUUGACAUCGUUAAAGGCUUCGCCUGUGGCGGUUUCUUUUUUAAAAGGCGUGCGCAAAGCCGCAGAUUAGACAGUCAGCUCUCGGGAACCUGCAGAGGCAGCCUCUUUUUCUUUUUUACCUCUGGGUUUUGAGCGCAGCAGAGCAUCCAAAGGAGGAUAGACGGGGAGAAGGGGGAAAAAUCAGAAGAACAAGCGCACAGUUUGGAUCAUUUCGGAAGAUUUUUUUCUUUUUGGAGACUUUGUUGAAGCGCAGGGAUUGACGCGCCGGAUGCGGUGAGACUGCGCGCGCAAGGCACCUGUGGAUGCAGCAAAAAACCCUGAUUUUCGGACCUUUAUAAGUCGCCACAAGUUUAAGAGUCUAUUUCUUUCUAUCUUCUUUAUUUAAAUUUUUUGGGGGAGAAAAGUGCCAUGCUGCUGUGCAUCCCCCUCCUGCUGCUCCCGCUCCUGCGCGUCCCCGGCUGCGCCUCCUCCUUCGUGCCGUGCGAGCAGUGCGACGCCAAAGCCAUAUCCAAGUGCCCGCCGCCUCCCCAGGGCUGCCAGCUGGUGAGGGAGCCCGGCUGCGGCUGCUGCCUGACGUGCGCGCUCGAGGAGGGCCAGGCGUGCGGCGUGUACACCCGGCCGUGCAUGCAGGGGCUCCGCUGCCUGCCCAAAAACGGCGAGGAGAAGCCGCUGCACGCGCUCCUGCACGGCCGCGGCACGUGCAUGAACGAGAAGCUCUACAAGCUGCUGCAGAUGCAUCAGUCAAAAGAGUCUGUGCAAACCAAGGUGCCCAUAUUCGGAGACCAUAUCAGCAGUCGGAAAGUCCAAGCCAUGAAGCAGGCCAAGGACCGCAAGGCUCAACUGGCCAGGCAGGGACUCGUCAGUAACCGUAGUCCCUCGUCCCCUCGCCUGGAGAAACUGGAGCCUGAGUUUGGGCCCUGCAGACGACGACUAGACAGCCUCCUUCGUAGCAUGAAGGACACCUCUCGGGUCUUGGCUCUCUCCUUGUACGUCCCCAAUUGUGACAAGAAGGGUUACUUCAAACGCAAACAGUGCAAACCAUCUCGUGGUCGGAAAAGGGGCAUCUGCUGGUGCGUGGACCCAAUGGGUGUUAGAAUCCCCAGCAUCAACAACGCCGGCGGAGAACUGCAGUGCAGAGAAAUCGACAACAACAGCAACGGGAACGAAUGAAAGCCACCUGAUUUUAGAGUUCCAGUUUAUCCUGCCAAUCAAGCUCGCACACUUUGACUUGACAAUCAGGCUAAUACAGCGGGGCAACAUUGUGUAAUGGAUUGCCUUUUUUCAUUCUUGUUUUUUAUGGGGCCAAACUAAAGCAGUUAAAAUCUGCACACGCAAGUCCAAACUGUGGCUCCACCCUAAGGUUAGCUAGGACCUUGUCUCUUUGUGUCUUAUGAAAUUAGAUGUAAGUGUAUUACCUAAAUUUACUCAAGACAAAAUUAAGACAAUACAUUUAUAAAUGUGGCUACUUACAAAUGGUUUCUGUUUGCUGCAGUUAAUUCAUUGAUCUUUAAUUUAGGGAGUACAUGCAGUUUUUGAAUUCGUUCUCUUGUCUAUAAGGUGUUGUUUUUUUGUUUAACUUCUUAAGGAAAUUUUAGCUACAUGUAUCAGCUCAAAUUAUUUCUUAUUUCUUAGUGAUAUAUUUCUAAAAAAUGCCAUUCAAGUUUAAUUUCUGACGUGGAAAAAGUUCCUUAAUGCUCAUUUUCCCCAAAAGGCAGCUGACCUUUUAAUUCCUUUAAUGUCCAAUGUCCUUUUUUUGUGUGUGUGAACACACAUUUAUGUUUUGAAAAAGGUUAAUCUAAAGGUGGUCAAGUUAACACUAGAAAAAAAAAUCAAAGGAAAUAGGACAAAUAUCAAUUAAACACAAAUUUCAGGGACUUAGGGUCAUUAUAAUAUGCUUAUGCUUUAUACCUUUUUUGAUCAUUUUUUUAUGUUACAUUUUAAACAAUAUUUAAAAAAAAACAAGCUACAGUAGAGGUGGUCAGGUAAGUUAAAAUGAAAGAUCAAAGGAAAUGAAACCAUAUUCAUGUUAAACAAGCUAACAGUAAUUACUGAUAAAUUUACCGGUAGUCAUUUUAACCCCUCCGUUUUAUAUCUUUUAUGGUGUUUUUUACUGUCAAAAUUCAAAAACUAUAUUUAAAAUAAACAAAAGGUUACAGUACAGGUGGUCAAGUCAGGGGGAAAGAAAAGAUCAAAGGAAAUAUUACCAUAUUCCUUUUUAAGCAAGCUAACAAAAGUUUUAGGUAAUUGGAGUAAUUUUAACACGCAAUAUUCUUUUAAAUUCAAAUUUGAAAUACAUUAUUUAAAAGAAACUUGUGACAAUGAAAGUUGUCAGGUAAAUGACAAAAGAAGAUCAAAGGAAGUGAGGCCAUAAUCAUGUUAAACAACAAUUUCAGAUAAUUGGAGUCAUUUUACAAGGCUAAUUUUUAUACCUUUUUUCAAUAUUAUGUCAAAUUUUAAACAUAUUUCAAAAGGUUACAGUAGGGGUAGUUGGGUAAAUACAAGCAUAGCUCAAAGGAAAUGGGACCAUAAUCAUGUUAGACAGACUAACGGGGAUUUAAAGUACUUUGAGUCAUUUGAACAUUAUCUUUAAUUCAUUAUUUUGAUUCUUUCUCAAUGUCAUAUUUCAAAAAAGCUCAUUUUGUGUUAUUAUGCAGCAUUAGUUCUACCAUUUAAACCUCCUUACUUGGUUAUAUGAAGUAAGAGCUAACGAAUGGUUAGCUUAGCGAAGCAAAGACUGGCUCGCAAGAGUUAGGGUUUGCCUAAGAGUCUUCGAAAUGUGCGUUAACGCGCUCAAAAUGUAUAAUUUCUUUCUGUUUAUUCUGUACAAAAUACAUAUAUUUUGUUUAUUCACUACAGAGACAAUAUUUUCUAAUUGGAACAAGUAAUUUCUUGGCUAGUCGCCUUAAGUUAAUUGGAGAAAAUCCAAUCUUUGGCUAAUUAGUUGCCACUUUACAAGUGAAACCUCAAUAAUAGUUUAACUUUGGCGUAACUCUCAGCUGCGCUUUGUCUGCCUUUGCUUGUCUAAUUUAGGGUUUGCAAGUCAAGUGAGACAAACUUAAAUCAAUCAAGCCCUGUAGGCUUUGGCACCUUAAAGUUUGAGUCAUGUUAUGCACUUUUCUUUGGUCUUAUUUUACUUUCAACUCCCUGUAUUGGAACAGUAGUUUUUAAAACCAGCAAAAAAAACUAGAGCAAAAUGGUCACCACUUUAGAUGCUUUUUUGCAUUGGCUGUUUGUAAAUGUAUAUGUGGACUGUGCGCGCCAGAGUACGCCUAUAUGGUGCAAAUAGUUGACAACUUCAAAAACUCACAACCAUGGUGCCAUGGGUUGUCCCUCACAACUCGCACACAAAUUGUAUGCAAAGGCCCCGCGCUGUUUAUUUUUCCAUGUGGAGGGUCCUCACCACUACCACACAAGCAAAUUUGUAGGCCGAUGCUGUCUUGCUCGCAGGGUUCAUUGGGUUCUUUAUCUCCACGUAGAGCAAGGUCGCUUAGUUUUUAUGUAAAUUCAAGUGCCUUGUGUCCCACGCCACUUUGAAUUUUGGUUUGCAUGUGGACCCAUUGUGUUGCUGAAUGAGAAAAACGCCAGCGCACAACAAAAAGGAAAUCGGUUUCUAAUGUGUGGUUGUGGUUUGCUUACAAAGGUUAUCAUGAUCUUCCAGUCAAAUGCUGCUAAAAACAAAAGUUAUGACUAAGUCAAAGGCUUUUUAUCCUGUGGUUUGAAAUUCUGUUCAAGAUUGGUAAACACUCAAUUGAUGAUUCUAACGCCUCAUCAGACAGCGGCAAAUCAGCCUAAACGCUCUUUACAGACUUACUUGUACUGCUCUUUAUGACUUAAUAUAAAACACAGUGACAUUUUAUCACUCCAGAAUAUCAUUUUAAAUGUGAACAUGAUUGUAAAAUAUUUAUGAGCUGUAUAACUGAUGUACUCUUCUUUUUUUUUGUUUUUUUGUAAAAGCAAACUAUUUAAAUAAAGUUGCUGUACUCUCAAGGAUGCAAGCC